AUGUCGCCGAAUCGAUGGAUCCUGCUGCUCAUCUUCUACAUAUCCUACCUGAUGUUCGGGGCGGCAAUCUAUUACCAUAUUGAGCACGGCGAGGAGAAGAUAACGCGCGGCGAGCAGCGCAAGGCGCAAAUAGCAAUCAACGAGUAUCUGCUGGAAGAGCUGGGCGACAAGAACACGACCACCCAGGAUGAGAUUCUCGAACGGAUCUCGGCUUACUGUGACAAACCGGUUACCCUGCCGCCGACAUAUGAUGACACGCCCUUCACGUGGACCUUUUACCACGCCUUCUUCUUCGCCUUCACCGUCUGCUCGACGGUGGGAUAUGGCAACAUAUCGCCCACCACCUUCGCCGGACGGAUGAUCAUGAUAGCGUACUCGGUGAUUGGCAUCCCCGUCAAUGGAAUCCUCUUUGCCGGCCUGGGCGAAUACUUUGGACGUACGUUUGAGGCGAUCUACCGACGUUACAAGAAGUACAAGAUGUCCACGGACAUGCACUAUGUUCCGCCGCAACUGGGACUGAUCACCACGGUGGUGAUUGCCCUGAUUCCGGGAAUAGCUCUCUUCCUGCUGCUGCCCUCGUGGGUGUUCACCUACUUCGAGAACUGGCCCUACUCCAUCUCGCUUUACUACAGCUAUGUGACCACCACAACGAUUGGAUUUGGUGACUAUGUGCCCACCUUCGGCAGCAACCAGCCCAAGGAGUUUGGCGGCUGGUUCGUGGUCUAUCAGAUCUUUGUGAUCGUGUGGUUCAUCUUCUCCCUGGGAUACCUGGUGAUGAUCAUGACAUUCAUUACUCGGGGCCUACAGAGCAAGAAGCUGGCUUACCUGGAGCAGCAGUUGUCCUCCAACCUGAAGGCCACCCAGAAUCGCAUCUGGUCUGGUGUCACCAAGGAUGUGGGCUACCUCCGGCGAAUGCUCAACGAGCUCUACAUCCUCAAAGUAAAGUUUUGUCGAAAGGGAAAUAGAAAGAAGCCGAAGAAUAAGGCUAAGACUGAGCAGAAAGAGAAGAGCUGCCGAUAUAUCGCCUACACACUGCCACGUUCCAAUUCGUGUCCGGAUCUGAGCAUGUACCGCGUGGAGCCGGCUCCCAUUCCCAGCCGAAAGAGGGCAUUCUCCGUGUGCGCCGACAUGGUUGCGGCCCAAAAGGAGGCGGGCAUGGUGCACGCCAAUUCCGAUACGGAGCUAAGCAAACUGGAUCGCGAGAAGACGUUCGAGACGGCGGAGGCGUACCGCCAGACCACCGAUUUGCUGGCCAAGGUGGUCAGUGCACUGGCCACAGUGAAGCCACCGCCGGCAGAGCAGGAGGAUGCGGCGCUCUAUGGUGGCUAUCAUGGCUUCUCCGACUCCCAGAUCCUGGCCAGCGAAUGGUCGUUCUCGACGGUCAACGAGUUCACAUCACCGCGGCGUCCAAGAGCACGUGCCUGCUCCGAUUUCAACCUGGAGGCACCGCGCUGGCAGAGCGAGAGGCCACUUCGUUCCAGCCACAACGAAUGGACUUGGAGCGGCGACAACCAGCAGAUCCAGGAGGCAUUCAACCAGCGCUACAAGGGCCAGCAGCGCGCCAACGGAGCAGCCAACUCGACCAUGGUCCAUCUGGAGCCGGAUGCUUUGGAGGAGCAGCUGAAGAAACAAUCACCGGGUGCCGGUCGCGUCAAGAAGUUCUCCAUGCCGGAUGGCCUGCGUCGCCUGUUUCCCUUUCAGAAAAAGCGACCCUCGCAGGAUCUGGAGCGCAAGUUGUCCGUGGUGUCGGUGCCCGAGGGUGUCAUCUCGCAGCAGGCCAGAUCUCCGCUGGAUUACUACAGCAACACGGUCACAGCAGCCUCAAGUCAAUUCUAUUUGCGCAACGGACGCGGUCCGCCACCGCCCUUCGAAUCGAAUGGCAGUUUGGCCAGCGGCGGCGGCGGGCUGACCAACAUGGGCUUCCAGAUGGAGGACGGAGCCACCCCGCCAUCGGCAUUGCCAGGCGGCGGAGCCUAUCAACGCAAGGCAGCUGCUGGCAAGCGCCGACGCGAGAGCAUCUACACCCAGAAUCAAGCCCCAUCCGCUCGCCGGGGCAGCAUGUAUCCACCCACCGCCCACGCCCUGGCCCAGAUGCAGAUGCGCCGCGGCAGCUUAGCCACCAGUGGCUCUGGAUCGGCGGCCAUGGCAGCGGUAGCCGCGCGUCGCGGCAGCCUCUUCCCGGCCACUGCGUCGGCAUCUUCGUUGGCCUCUGCUCCGCGUCGUAGCAGCAUAUUCUCUGUUACCUCCGAGAAGGAUAUGAAUGUGCUAGAGCAGACGACCAUCGCGGAUCUGAUUCGUGCGCUGGAGGUGGUGCACACCCAUGCGGUGCUCGAUGAACAGCAACAGGCGGCAGCGGCUGGAGGGGCUGCAGUUGGAGGCGGUGCAUCGAAGGGUAGUCGCAAGCAGCGCAAGAUGGGCAACGCUGGACUGGAACCACCGCAGCUGCCGCCGAUCCUGUCGCUCUUUGCUGGCGAUCAAACGAGGACACUGCAGGCGGCGGCUGCCAAUCGGCUGUACGCCCGUCGCUCCACCAUUGUGGGCAUAUCGCCCACUGGAGGAGCAGCCACCGGACCGGCAGCCAGAUCGCUGCUGGAGCCGCCACCCAGCUACACCGAAAGAGCCGCAAAUCAAAGCCAAAUAGCAGCUGGAAACACUGUUUCCGGUUCAACGAAUGCGCCAGCUGUGCAGAGCAAGUUCCGUCGCCGCUUUAGUGUAAGACCGACUGCUCUGCAGAUUCCACCGGGACAGGCACCGCCACCAGGUGCCAGUUUGAUGGAGCAGUCCUCGCAGUCGGCGCUCCAGCGACGCCUCUCGCUGCGACCCUCGCCACUGGCCCGCGAACUGUCGCCCACUUCGCCGCCCGGCGGCAGUGGAAGCGCCUUGCCAGCGGGUGCCAUAGAGGAGUCCGGUGGAACGUCCGCCCAACGGCUGCUGCCCCUGCCGGCCGGAACGAGACCCAGCACCAGCAGCACCCACUCGCCGCUCUCAAGGAUCGUGCAGAUCUCGCAGGCCCAGCGCAAGAGCAGCAUGCCCAGCGCAGCGGCAACGGGUUCCAGUGGGGCGCCCGGCGAGAAGUAGUUAGUUUUGUUAUACGUAAGAUGUAUUGCCAACUCGUAUAUGUCCACGUCCAGCGGUAUUGCUUCGCCAAUUUCACAGCAUGUAUCCCACAUAGUCGAUUAGGCUGCCAAAAGUCCUUAGUUGUUAUGCUAAAGUUAUCCUCAACAUAUUUACAUGCGUAUAUCCAGUUAUCCUAGUUGUAUGUACUUUUAGAACUAUCUCUCUCUCUCUCUCUCUCUCUCUCUCUAUUGUUAUCCUGUAUUUAUACCCAUCUGUAUCUGUAUCUUUAUCUACACCCUAAACAAUAUAUCUGUAUAUAUUCUUCUAUGUUUAUUGCUAAGAAGACGCUUAUAUGAACAAAACGAUCCGCAUGUUUUCAAGCAUUCAAUUGGGACCGACAGAGGAUCUCGAAUUGUGUGUAGUUUCAUUUAGCUCUUGCAGUGACUUCCACAAAUUCCACAAAACAUUCCAUAUGCUGUUAUAUAAUAAAGAUAAUCUGUGAAAAUGUA